CUAUUCUCCAUCCUCUUCUCACCACCUACUCUCUCUCUUCCCCCAUUCAACCCACCAUGUCUGCUGGAUCUGUUCUUGUCACCGGUGGCACCGGCUACAUCGGCUCCUUCACCACCCUCGCCCUCCUCGAGGCCGGUUACAAGGUCGUCGUCGCCGACAACCUCUUCAACUCCUCCGAAGAGGCCCUCCAUCGCAUCGAGCUCAUCUCCGGCAAGAAGGCCGAGUUUGCCCAGCUCGAUGUCACCGACCCCACGGCCUUUGACAAGGUCUUCCAGGCCCACCCCGACAUUGACUCUGUCAUCCACUUUGCUGCUCUGAAGGCCGUCGGUGAGUCCGGUGAGAAGCCCCUCGACUACUACGAGGUCAACGUCAACGGCACCAUCAACCUCCUCCGCGCCAUGGUCCGCCACAACGUCUACAACAUCGUCUUCUCCAGCUCCGCCACCGUCUACGGCGAUGCCACCCGCUUCCCCAACAUGAUCCCCAUCCCCGAGAACUGCCCCCUGGGCCCCACCAACCCCUACGGCAACACCAAGUUCGCCGUCGAGACCGCCAUCACCGACGUCAUCAACGCCCAGCGCAACAACGCCACCAAGGCCGGUAACACCGCCGAGGCCCAGAAGUGGAACGGUGCCCUGCUCCGCUACUUCAACCCCGCCGGUGCUCACCCCAGCGGCAUCAUGGGCGAGGACCCCCAGGGUGUGCCCUACAACCUGCUGCCCCUCCUGGCCCAGGUCGCCACUGGCAAGCGCGAGAAGCUCCUCGUGUUCGGUGAUGACUACGCCUCUCACGACGGCACCGCCAUCCGUGACUACAUCCACAUCCUGGACCUGUCCAACGGCCACCUGAAGGCCCUCAACUACCUCCGCAACAACAACCCCGGUGUCCGCGCCUGGAACCUGGGCACCGGCAAGGGCAGCACCGUCUACGAGAUGGUCAAGGCCUUCUCCACCGCCGUCGGCCGCGACCUGCCCUACGAGGUGGCCCCCCGCCGCGCCGGUGACGUCCUCAACCUGACGGCCAACCCCACGCGCGCCAACACCGAGCUGGGCUGGAAGGCCGAGCGCACCCUCGAGCAGGCCUGCGAGGACCUCUGGCUGUGGACCCGUAACAACCCGCAAGGCUACCGGCAACAGCCGCCCGCCGAGCUGCUGGCUCAGCUGAAGAAGUAA